AUGAAAAUUCUCAAAUUCCCCGACUCGGUACAGCACUUAAUAUUCGAGGCUAUGCAAGCUCAUGAGCUCUUUUUCAUGUCAAUUUGCUCGAAAAAUUCAAAAUCGACGAUUCGAAAAUCGAAAAAUCGAUUCAAGGCGAUUCGAUUUUCGAGUGAGACCUAUUUCACUGGAUUUUUGGCCAUUUCGUGCUACGGUAGUUUUAAGGAUGAGCAAUUUGUGAAUGCGGUUGAGUGGAAGAUUACGGGGAAUAGUAAUAGGAAUGGAGCGGGCCCGGGAGAUUCAAAAUUGACAAAGAUGGAGUUUGAGGAUGGAAUGGUUUUGAAGUUUAGACUGAAAAUCCAUCACAAGCCUGACAAACCGCCCAUUCUAUGCAUCGAGGGUAACGACGACUACAGUAGUAAAUUGGCACCCGUUCAAUUCUUUAACUACGUCAAGGACCUAUUUCAAAUCACUCAAAUCAAGGAAUUAAGACUUCGAAGAACUGAUUUUUCCGAUUUUCCAAAAGAUUUGAAAUCGGUCAAGAACGCAAUUAUCGAUACCUAUUGCCAGUAUGUCAAUCCUAAAGUUUUCGAAAGAUUCUUCUCAAAAAUCCACGUGGAAAACUGUUUUAUCAGUGAACAAAGCGUUCGUGGACCCAUGCAAGAAAACACUCCAAUCAUGAGAAUUCCCAACGUCUUUUUGGAAAACGCCACGUGGCUUCUACCGUAUCACCUAUACAAUUUUCAAGGAAAAAAUGCGGUUUUUGAGAACUCGAAAUUUAUUAAAACUUCAAAUUUGCUUCGAUUUUUGGAACUAUGGAUUACUGGAAAUUUGGAUACUAUCGAUACUGUAAUUUUGUCAACAACUGAAAACACGUGGGGAUUUUCAGAAGUUUUGAAUGGAAUCGACACUUUUCAAUGGGAUUCGAACAGAAGGGCAAAGACGUUUGUCUAUAAGGCGGCAUUCCGCCGAUUCUUCCAAAAGGAUUUCAACUUUUUUGAUUGCUCAGAAGGAAGUGAUAUCAAGAAAAGCACCGAUGGAACCCUGGCUACUAUUCGACUUUUGUCUGAAACUCGAUCUGGAAUCUCCAAAUUCUAUUUCGUAUUCUUUGUCUGGCAUGACACUUUCCCAUCACCUGAGAACUAUCAAAAUGAGGAGCCUAAUUAUCAAUUUGUUUAA